UGGCUGUUUGCCCGGCUGCAUUGUGGGAGUUUGGCCGGAGCCGCCGCCGCCGUCGCCGCCGGACGCGGGUGAAGAGCGGCCGCUGCCCCGGGCGCCAUGGGGGCCGUGACGGACGAUGAAGUUAUCAGAAAGCGACUUUUAAUUGAUGGUGAUGGUGCUGGUGAUGAUCGGAGAAUCAACUUAUUAGUGAAGAGUUUCAUUAAAUGGUGCAAUGCUGGAUCUCAGGAAGAAGGUUAUAGCCAGUACCAACGCAUGCUAAGUACAUUGUCUCAAUGUGAAUUUUCAAUGGGAAAGACUCUGCUUGUAUAUGAUAUGAAUCUGAGAGAAAUGGAAAACUAUGAAAAAAUUUACAAAGACAUAGAAAAUAGCAUAGCUGGAGCACAUGAAAAAAUUGCUGAGUGCAAAAAGCAGAUCCUUCAAGCAAAACGAAUACGGAAAAAUCGCCAGGAAUAUGAUGCUUUGGCAAAAGUCAUACAGCACCAUCCAGAUAGGCAUGAAACAUUGAAGGAAUUAGAUGCUUUGGGGAAAGAAUUACAACACCUUUCUCACAUAAAAGAAAAUGUUGAAGAUAAGCUGGAACUAAGGCGAAAACAGUUCCAUGUUCUUCUUAGCACUAUCCAUGAACUUCAGCAAACACUAGAAAAUGAUGAAAAACUCUCAGAAGUGGAAGAGGCCCAGGAAGCAGGCAUGGAGACAGAGACUAAACCAUAGGCAAACACAAGUCUCACCAGUAUGAAGAGCCCUAAAUACUUGUCUUAGUUUCCUUCCAUAUGUUAAAAUGUUACUUUGGUGAAACUAACAGACUAUGGAUGAUAAAUUUAUAUUGGUUUUUUUUUUUUUUUUUCAAAUGUCCAACAAGGCAAAGAAACUAUUUUAAUGCAGUUUGUUUUUAUGAAAAUUUUUAUUCAGAUGUUUUUAGUUUGUAUUUUUGUGCAUAUUUUGGUAAUUGUUCAAAUGAUAAAAUUGAAAUUGAUGCUCACAAGUUGUAUUUUACAAGGAAGGACUUCUAGAAUAUACACAAGGACAUAUUCAUAUUCAUAUAUAUGUUUACGAAUGUGUCUUUUUUGGAUAGGAUUUCCUUCCCCCUCCUUGGAUACUUACACCUAGUACCUAAGUCCUCAGGAGCUGCUCAAGAGACAGAGAAGUGGCAAUUGGCCUUCAUGUUGAAGGAGGUUCUAACCAAAUGGUCCUAACUACCAGAUCCAUACAUGACAAUUUCUGUGUCACCAUUUCUCAUAUGGCAAGAAACACAUGAGCAAAUAAUGAGUCAAUUUCUAACCUAAAGAAAUGAGUUGUAAACAAACAUAGUUAUUAAGAUUAUAAAAUAUUUCUGGAAACAAA